GCCAAUUUACAUAACUGUUGCAAUUCGUUUUACAAUAACUAUAAAGUGCAUAACGAUGAAAACGUUCCUUCAGCAAAAACGCAAUUUGCACAAGGAAAUUGCAAAUAGAAAAGAAAAAUUCAGAUCAAAACAACACGCGGCGUCGGAACUGGCUUUUGUUUGGACUUUGAACGAUAAGAACGCACCCACAAAAACAACUAUAACGACAACAACUACACUGGUUCUACAUGAAGACAAAGAACUUGAAAAAGCCACGCUUGUUGUUGUUGUUGUCGUUGUUAUUGUUAUUGUGACUGCGCUACAGUGUCAGUUGCCAACAUAAAUUCAACAACAUUAUCAAUUAAUAAUGUAUACAAAAAUCUUUCGUGCUGUGAUAAUCGGGGCUCCUGGGUCAGGCAAAGGCACAAUCUCGGAGCGCAUUGUGAAAACCUUUGGCUUUCUUCACAUAUCCUCGGGCGAUAUUCUGCGCCAAAAUAUAAUAAACAACACGGAACUGGGGAAGAAGGCGCAACGCUACAUUGCCGACGGACAGUUGGUUCCCGAUGAUAUUGUGACAAAGACAAUGCUAGCUCGUAUUACCGAGGUGGGCAACAAGUCCUACAUAUUGGAUGGAUUUCCUCGUAAUAGCGCUCAAGCUGAUAUUUUGUCAGCCCGUGAACAGAUUGACGCUGUCAUCGAUUUAAACAUUCCUCAUGAUGUAAUCAUUGAGCGAUUGAAGAAUCGCUGGAUACACGUACCAUCUGGUCGUGUCUACAACAUUGGCUUCAAUGAUCCCAAAGUUUCCGGGGUUGAUGAUGUGACGGGGGAGCCAUUGACUCAACGCGAAGAUGACAAACCUGAUGUGGUGGCCAAGCGUUUGCAGCUAUUUGAUGAGCUGAUGAAUCCUGUUUUGGCCUGGUAUGCGCAACGUGGUCUGGUAACCACUUUUAAGGGUCGUGAAACCAAAGAAAUUUGGCCACGUGUGGAGCGUUUUCUUAAGGACAAGGUCAACAAGGGUUAAACAGGGUAUUAUAUAAAGUAGAGACAGUUCAAUUAGACAUAUGCAGAAAUGAUUUUUUUUAUAAAUGGCAGCUGAUGCUAAUAACGAAGAAGUGUUCAAUUAAGGCGAAGCAUACAUAUACAUAUAUAUUGCGCAAGAGGGCGGGUUUAAGGGGGUACGGCUUAUUGUAACUAAUCAAAUGUAAUUGCGAAGCCUUACAAACUAUAAACGAAUCAAAAAAUUGUAUGUUUCCCCCACAUAUACAUAUAGUAUAUACAUUAAUAAUGACAUCGAGGCUGGCAAUCUGAAACCAUCCAAAACAUUCCCCUCAUAAAAGUGUUUUGUUUUGAUAUGAUUAUUAUAUACAUAUACAUAUAUAUAUACUUGUACUUGUACAAACGCUCCUAAGUUGGUGCUCUGAUAAUAAAUCGUUUUCUUUUAUAUUACCUACUGA